AUGGAUUUCAAGCUCCAUACCUCAUACGAGACUCGACGAACGAUAUUCUUCGAUAAGACGAUCCGAAACUAUGAGGACUUGCCGAGAGACUACCGGGACCAAGUCGGUCUGCAAUUCAGAAGCAAGGACUUGACCGACGCAGAGGUUGUGAAAGCGUUCGGAAAGGGCAUCAACACAAAGAGAGCGAAUCAACUGCUGCGUAUUCUCCACGGACGCCGUGUUGCUGGCACUCUCGAAGAUCCAGCCUUUGCGGUUCAUACAUCUUCAUACACCAAGAGUCAGAUUUCCAAGGGUCUCGAGUACCUACGAAAGUCAGUGAAGGUUGAUGAAGUGCUGAACGCAGGCCUCCGGGCUGAGGAUGAGCUUGCACAACUUGAAGCGGAGAAGGAAGCAGCAAAGAAGCCGAAGCAAGCUCCCAAGAAGAAGAACGAGGCCGAAACCGAAACCGAAGAACCACCCGCUCCAGUUUAUAAACCAGAUCCCGUCUAUGGCCAUAGCAAACUUGACGAAAUCCGAGCUCAGAAUGUCGCUAAGCGGAAGGCGAAGGAAGCCCUCGAGGCAGAAGCACGAAAGGCGGUCGAGGCGAAAGGAGAGGUGAACUCUGGCACUCUGGCUAAUCUCGACCACAAGGCAGAGAGACAGAUUGCCAACCCCAAGAUUGCUGAGUACUAUAAGAAGGCACAGUCUGAUCUGGAAGCCCCUGUAGAACUCAAGACUUGGGAACGUGUUCUUCCCUCCGCUACUCUCGUUGCUCUUGUUGUUGGCUUCCUAGCUGCUGUAAGCACCGUUUAUGAAGAGCCUGCUCCUCGGUACCGUGUCUUCCCCGAUAUUUCUACUGCUCAUGCGACGCUGGGGACCAUUGCUGCUGUCAAUGUGCUUGUCUGGGCAGCAUGGAAGGCUCCUCCUCUGUGGAAGUUACUCAAUCGCUACAUGAUCAUCGCCGUCGGUGCCGUCAAGCCCGUCUCCAUGUUCACUGCACCCUUUUCUCACCAGUAUUUUAGCCACCUGCUCAUGAACAUGGUUCCCCUCUUUCUUGUUGGAUCUGCACUACAUGAGGAUAUUGGUCGAGCGAAUUUACUUACCCUCUAUGUGGGAUGCGGUGCAGUUGGCUUUGUGGGCAGUGUGGCUACCUAUGCUAUGCGAGGUAUGCUAGGCGUUACCACUCUGGGUGCCUCAGCAGCAACUCUGGGUGUUUGCGCUGCAUACUUCUGGGAGCAUCGUCUUGAUGGCUAUAGAUUCUUUGGACUACCGCAGGAUGGUGUCCCGGGCAUCAUUUUCCUGGCACUCAUAUGCGUGCCUCAACUUGCUGCCUUUGGAAAGACGGUCAAGUUGAAGAUUGACAUUGCAUCGCACUUGUGCGGUAUUGUGAGCGGUAUUCUCGGCAUGGAGCUGAUCAACCGAACAAGAGGUGAGUGGGAGAAAAAGACAAUUGAUGUGGCUGGUACUCCAGUCCGAACUGCACGAUUGCCUCGACCUGAUGAGUCGGUUGAGGGAUCUAACUAAGACGAGAUGAAUUGUACGGAUGAAUGUACUAUAUUAUUUUUUGCAUACUUGACAUACUAGAUUUGAAUGUAUUAUUGGGCUGAAUCUCUGCUUAUAAGAUUUGGCAUGAUGUGGAAUGCCG